AUGCCUCUGGCUCGCGGUUGGGCGGUAUCUUUGUUCGCCAUCCCAUCCGACCCCGCUCUCCGAAAAAAAUGGGUUGUUGCAAUAAAACGUGACGAAGGCAAGCACUUCUCCAUUACGAAGUACACUAAGAUUUGCUCAGGACAUUUUCGAGAGGGUGACUACAUUCCGAACGUCGCUAGUAAACGUCGCUACCUCAGACAGGAAGCAGUGCCGAGCAUCUUCGCUUUCAACGUCGCGAAAAGGCCGCCCAGAAAGAAACCACGAGUACGACAGGCGCCGCCGUCAACGCCGAAGUUUUCCACCGCUGAUGCCGGAGUGACGAACGACGCAAUCGCCGAUCCGAGCAGUCAAGAUGCGGUGAGCGAACCCGCUAGUGAAGAGGCAAGCUACGCAUUUGCCGAUUUGACCGGUGGACACGCGGCACCUGAGGCGUCGAGCCAGAAGAAUGCAAGCGGCGAAAUUGUCACUGUCAACGCUAUGGAAGACUUCGCCGCGGACUUCAUGUGCCACGCAGUCGCAACUGAAGACAGCGUAGUGAACGAUUGCAACAUCGACGACUGCGUUAAUGCUGCCACAGGCGCUGUCCUCGACCGGGCUGAAAGUCUGAAAUGGGCGACAAACGUAUCUUUGUUCACCAUCCCAUCCGACCCCGCUCUCCGAAAAAAAUGGGUUGUUGCAAUAAAACGUGACGAAGGCAAGCAGUUCUCCAUUACGAAGUACACUAAGAUCUGCUCAGGACACUUUCGAGAGGGUGACUACAUUCCGAACGUCGCUAGUAAACGUCGCUACCUCAGACAGGAAGCAGUGCCAAGCAUCUUCGCUUUCAACGUCGCGAAAAGGCCGCCCAGAAAGAAACCACGAGUACGACAGGCGCCGCCGUUAACGCCGAAGUUUUCCGCCGCUGAUGCCGCAGUGACGAACGACGCAAUCGCCGAUCCGAGCAGUCAAGAUGCGGUGAGCGAACCCGCUAGUGAAGAGGCAAGCUGCGCAUUUGCCGAUCUGACCGGUGGACACGCGGCACCUGGGGCGUCAAGCCAGAAGAAUGCAAGCGGCGAAAUCGUCACUGUCAACGCUAUGGAAGACUUCGCCGCGGACUUCAUGUGCCACGCAGUCGCAACUGAAGACAGCGUAGUGAACGAUUGUAACAUCGACGACUGCGUUAAUGCUGCCACAGGCGCAGUCCUCGACCGGGCUGAAAGUCUGAAAUGGGCGACAAACGUGUGGCACCUGGCUGAGCAAAAUUUGUAA